AUGAAAGUUCGCGCCGCCACCGACGCCGACGUCCCCGCCAUUGCGGCCCUCAUUCUCGCCGCCGCCUCCGCCGAGGCGCCCUGGACGAGCUACCUGCCGGCCCGCCUGCGCCGCGACCCGGUCCUCGUGCAGCACGCCGAGGCCGUGCUGCGCAGCCAUCUCGCGGCCGGCGACGAGACGUCGGUUGUCGUGGUCGCCGAGCUGUCUGCCGACGAGUCGGACCGCAGCCGGCCUGAGAUUGUAGCCGCCGCGGUCUGGGACACCUAUACCUCCUGGGCGCAACCCGCCAAGACUGGGCAACCCGCCAAGACUGUAAACCCCUUCAAAGACGCCGCGGGCUGCACCACCACCUCCUACACAGGCGACAACUGGUGCCCCCACGACGCCGGGGACGACUACCGCAAGCUCAGCGCCCUGGGUGACGCCAUGCGCCAGGGUCGCCGCCGCUUCUUUGCCGUCGAGGAGCCGCACGUCUACCUGCGCGUCCUCGCCACGCACCCGGAUCACCAAGGCCGCGGGCACGCCAAGGUCCUCUGCCGGUGGGGAGUCGCCCUCGCCCGCCGCAAGCGCGUCGGCGUCUGCCUGGCGACGGGCUCGCGCGGCUACAUUGCGCUCUCGGGCAUGGGGUUUGAGGACUUGGGCGCCGUCGUCGUUCCGGCCGGCCAGGGCUACGACGAGCAGGUCCUCAAGGCCCUGCGCAUGGACGCGGCGGCUGCGCAGGCUGCGAGUCCAAGUGUAUGGGACUCACUGUGGAAGUACAUUUCCAGCUAA